AUGGACAGAUUAGCCAAGUGUCCAGCAAACUAUGUCCCUCUUACUCCUCUUACUUUCAUCAAGAGAGCUUCUGUGGUUUAUUCCAACCGUACCUCCGUCAUAUACGAUGGAGUUCGCUUCAACUGGCGCCAAACUUAUGAACGAUGUUGCCGUCUCGCCUACUCCCUCCGCUCGCUAAAUGUUACCAAGAACGACGUUGUAUCUGUACUGGCACCAAAUGUACCUGCAUUGUAUGAGAUGCAUUUCGCAGUUCCAAUGGCAGGAGCAGUGUUGAAUGCAAUGAACACCAGGCUAGAUGCUAAAAACAUAGCCACCAUUCUCAUUCAUUCUGAAGCCAAGGUCUUUUUUAUCGACUAUGAGUAUGUGCCCAUAGCAUCGGAGGCGCUGCGAUUGCUGGUGGCACGUUUGGAAUGCACCUCUUCAACCGAGUAUGUUAUGCCUUUGGUUAUUGUGAUUGAUGACAUUAAGAAGCCCACGGGCAUCCGUCUUGGAGAGUUGGAGUAUGAGCAACUCAUCCGCCAUGGAAAUCCUCGAUACAUAGGUGAAGAUCUUGAAGACGAGUGGGACGCCAUCGCGCUGAAUUACACGUCUGGAACAACUUCUGAUCCCAAAGGGGUGGUUUACAGCCACCGUGGUGCUUUUCUGAGCACCAUGAGCUUAAUUCAAGGCUGGGAAAUGGGUACCGAAGCCGUGUACCUUUGGUCACUGCCGAUGUUCCACUGCAACGGCUGGACGUUCACCUGGGGUGUAGCGGCACGAGGCGGCACGAACGUGUGCAUACGCAACACCACUGCUGAAGAAAUGUACAGAAGCAUCUCUCAGCACAAGGUGACUCAUAUGUGUUGUGCCCCUAUUGUAUUCAACAUCCUUUUAGAGGCCAAGCCCCAUGAACGUCGUGAAAUAACCUCCAAAGUCAACAUACUCACCGGAGGAGCGCCACCGCCGGCCGUCCUCUUGGAGAAGAUGGAGGAUCUUGGAUUCCACAUCAUGCAUGCCUACGGCCUCACUGAGGCCACCGGACCUGCUCUUGUGUGUGAGUGGCAAUCGAAAUGGAACCAGCUACCUAGAGAUCAUCAAGCCAGAUUGAAGGCUCGUCAGGGUGUAAGUAUACUCACACUCGCUGACGUSGAUGUGAAGAACAAGGACACCAUGGAGAGCGUUCUGCAUGAUGGGAAGAUGAUGGGAGAGAUCGUUCUCAGAGGAAGUAGCAUCAUGAAAGGGUACUUAAAAGAYGAAARRGAGACUGMAAAAGCCUUYMARAAMGGAUGGUUYUUMACCGGCGAYGUGGGUGUYAUCCAUCCCGAYGGAUAYCUAGAAAUCAAAGACMGGUCAAAAGAYGUGAUCAUCUCCGGCGGAGAAAACAUCAGUAGCGUGGAACUGGAAUCGGUUUUAUUCAAACACCCCGCCAUACUCGAAGCGGCGGUGGUGGCGAUGCCUCACCCACGGUGGGGGGAGAGCCCUUGUGCUUUCGUGGUCUUGAAAAAUACAGGAAGCACAUCGGAAUCCAAAAUCUUGAGAUAUUGCCAGAAAAAUAUGCCAAAAUUUAUGGUUCCCAAGAAGGUGGAGUUUGUGAAAGAGCUACCAAAGACAGGUACAAAUAAAGUUCUGAAAGGGGAGCUCAGAAAGAUUGCAAAAACCCUUAGAAUCUCUGAGAACACAUCACCCACAAACAGCAAGAGAUCUGAAAAAGAAGUUCAUAUGGAACAAACUCGGUAUUACCAAGAUGAAGAUCAUCAUCAAGAAAAGGUUAUGGCAAUGUCUCGACUUUGAAUUAAACAUUUAAACAUUAUUAAAUUCAAUCAUUUUCGUAGACGAAGUAUAUAGAAGAUUCUUAAGCGUUUUAAUUUGUCCAAGAAUAAACUAUUCUUGAGGAUCGCUUGACAGAUCCUGUAUCACAUGUACGCAUUGUUUAUGUUCUCACUCAUGGAUAAUGUCGACUUUUAA